GCUAUACUAACCCAUAUACAUAGAAAGUCAAGUGACACAAACAAGCCUGCUCAGACACAAGCAACACUCAGACGUGCAUUUUUCAGAGGUCUCAAGUUCUGAGAGAUUUAUUUUGUCCUCACAAAAGCCCUUGAGAUGAGGUUGGACUGGACUAUGCCGCUGCUGGUCUUGUCGGUUCUGGUACUAAGUUUGUCCCAGGGCCGCAUGAUCUCCAGAUGUGAACUGAAGGCAAGACUUGAAGAGGCCAUCCAGCUCCCUGAAGGCAUUGAAAAGUUCAGAGAGUUCAUCAUGUCAGUAGUAAUAUGUGAAAUAGAGAAGAUGUCAAGUCUGAACUCCAACAUGGUCAGGACUACCUCUAUUAUGCCGGUCAUCCUUGAACAGACAACCAAUGCCACAAGACCCCCUGCACCUUUACCAACAACCAACACCACAAGACCCCCUGGACUUCCAGCAACAACCAACACCACAAGACCCGCUGAACCUCUUGCAACAACCAACACCACAACACCACUUGAAGCUCCAACAACAACCAACACCACAAGACCCCCUGAGGCUCCAACAACAACCAACACCACAAGACCCCCCGAACCUCUUGCAACAACCAACACCACAAGAUCCCCUGAGGCUCCAACAACAUCCAACACCACAAGACUCCCUGAAACUCUUGCAACAACCAACACCACAAGACUCCCUGAAACUCUUGCAACAACUAACACCACAAAACCCCCUGAACCUUUACCAACAACCAACACCACAAGACCCCCUGGACUUCCAGCAACAACCAACACCACAAGACCCGCUGAACCUCUUGCAACAACCAACACCACAACACCACUUGAAGCUCCAACAACAACCAACACCACAAGACCCCCUGAGACUCCAACAACAACCAACACCACAAGUCCCCCCGAACCUCUUGCAACAACCAACACCACAAGAUCCCCUGAGGCUCCAACAACAACCAACACCACAAGACUCCCUGAAACUCUUGCAACAACCAACACCACAAGACUCCCUGAAACUCUUGCAACAACUAACACCACAAGACCCCCUGAACCUCUUGCAACAACCAACACCACAAGACUCCCUGAGGCUCUAACAACAACCAACACUACAAUAUCCCCUGAGGCUCCGUCAACAACCAAUACCACAAGACCCCCAGAAGCUCCAACAAACAACUCCACAAGACCCCCUGAAACUAGUGCAACAAACAUCACCACAAGAUCCCCUGAGCCUCCAACAACAACCAAUACCACAAGACGCCCCGAACCUCUACCAACAACCAACACCACAAGACCCACUGAACCGACAACCACCAACACCACAAGACCACCUGAGGCUCCAACAACAACCAAUACCACAAGAUCCCGUGAGGUUUCAACAACCAACACCACAAGACCCCCUGAAACUAGUGCAACAACCAACACCACAAGACCCACUGAACCGACAACCACCAACACCACAAGACCACCUGAAUCUGCAACAACAACCAACACCACAAGACCCACUGAACCAACAACCACCAGCACCACAAGACCCAUUGAACCGGCAACCACCAGCACCAUAAGACCACCUGAAUCUGCAACAACAACCAAUUCCACAAGACCCCCUGAAGCUCCAACAACCAACUCCACAAGACCCCCUGAAACUAGUGCAACAGACAUCAACACAAGAUCCCCUGAGUCUCCAACAACAACCAACACCACAAGACCCACUGAACCAACAACCACCAACACCACAAGACCCAUUGAACAAGAAACCACCAGCACCACAAGACCCAUUGAACCGGCAACCACCAGCACCACAAGACCCAUUGAACCGGCAACCACCAGCACCACAAGACCCAUUGAACCGGCAACCACCAGCACCACAAGACCCACUGAACCGACAACCACCAACAUCACAAGACCCAUUGAACAAGAAACCACCAGCACCACAAGACCCAUUGAACCGGCAACCACCAGCACCACAAGACCCAUUGAACCGGCAACCACCAGCACCACAAGACCCAUUGAACCGGCAACCACCAGCACCACAAGACCCACUGAACCGACAACCACCAACACCACAAGACCCCCUGAGCCUCUCAUAACCAUUGCCACAAGACAAACUGAACCAACAAACACCCCCACGGCAGUCAGUCCUGAGUCCUUAAACAUCUCUAUACAAUUUCCCGAUGCCGACGUGGUCCAGAUAGCGCAGCAGGCUGAGAUGGAGGCACUGAAGAAGCAUGUGGAUGGCUUGUGGAGGACGGAAGAGACGGCGAUAGAAGGCAGUCGGCGGCGGCGGCGGCAGGCCACAGUGGCAAACCCGCAGUCUUUCCGCACUUAUUACGGAGUUUUCCAGCUGUCAGACUCAGAUUUCUGUUUUUCAACUAAUCCUUGGACGGACAACUUCUGCAUUACAUCCUGCACUGCGUUCAGAGAUGAUGACAUCACGGAUGAUAUACAAUGCUUUGUGAACAGUCAGCACUGGAUGAGUGUAUUCCGGACGGCCAGCAUGGAGUGUUACCGGGCCACCAACUUCUUCGAACAAUGCAAAUGAACUAAACACAGCACCAAAUGGCAGAUUUUUAAAUUGUUAUGAUUUAAACAUACAUACGAAAGGCUUACUGAGGUUUACUGUAUUUGUUUUCUUGUUCGUUUGAAUUUCUUUCUUCAUUAAAUAUGCACAUCAGAUUCCUACAAAUUAAAUGGUUUUCAUUCUCUUGAUUUGCUGGUGAUGUUGCCAAGAUGGGAAAAGUGUGGCCUUUGUUCCACAUUGUGGGCCACUGGAUUUUUUAAUCAGGUCCUGGAUACAAAACAAAAAAGAUAUUAAAUGUUCAAACUGA